AUGGGGCUCAAAUCAUCCAAGAUUUGCAUAUCAAUUGUUUUAUUUAUUUUAAUUCUGUUUAUUUGGUGGUUACCUCGUUACAUGAAUCCAGACUACAUAUCCAUAACGAUUACUCAAAAUAGUGAUCCCUUACGUACAUCAUAUAUUGAUCUAUCUAAUGAUAUUUCUCAUCUAGCAGAUGGUUGGAAACCAAUUGGACAUACUCUUGAUGAACAAAAUUUACUUCAUGAUAUGUCUAUUGUUGUUGCUGCAUGGUCUGAAAAUUCUGAAGACAAUAUACCUACAGUGCCAUGCUUAUCAGCUGAUGGUCAUUUACUUGUAUUAAGUGUUGCUGCAAGUCGUAUACGCUAUGGAGUGAGUUUAACUUUCGUCGCAGUUUAUCCAACUGAUAUGAAAACUGUUUUACCAAAAAACAUUUCAUCUCAUCCACUCUCGUCAAAUCAACAGAGUCUAUGGUGUAUAUUCAGUGAUGGAUCAGUGACACCUGUAUAUACGUAUGAUUCGAAAUAUGGCAAUGAUCGAGUAUCUCUUUUAGAUUGUCCACUAAGUCAAUUUGCUAGUGAUCGAUUAUGGAGAUUGAAUCAAACAAUACGAGUCUAUCUUGCAUCAACAACAACAAAAAAUAGACAAAUACCUAUACUAAAAGCAUUUGUAACAGUUCCAAUGGUUUCUAUUAGCCCAUCAAAUUCCAGUCAAGAAUCGUUUACAUUAUGUACUUCACCUUUACAUAAUAAAGCUAAUUAUUUAGUUCAAUGGAUUGAGUUUCAUCGAUUAGUUGGAUUUAGCAAAUUUGUCAUAUACAAUACAACUGAUACUAAUAAUCAUCUCUCGACUAUUGUUAAUAUCUAUACUCAAAAAUAUCCUGGUCUUGUUGAUGUUGUACAAUGGAAUUUUUCUAUUCUUGAUCUUGUUGAUGCCUUAAAAACACGAUAUUUUCAAACAGAAGCAUUACAUGAUUGUCUAAUUCGUUAUGGUGAUCAAUCAGAAUGGUUAGGUAUGCUUGAUCUUGAUGAAUAUAUUGUACCACUAGAUCCAUACAAAACUAUCGUUGAUUAUAUUCAUGAAACGUUUGGUCGACGAAUUAUAGGAUCAAUAAAUUUAUGGAGUCAAUUCUUUUGCAAUAAAAACGCUAGUGCAUAUACUCCAGAAGAGAAUGAUACAAAUCGUUUAACUAUCGAACGAUUUAGUUUUCGUGCACGUAAUCUAUAUAAAAGUGGACGUGAAAAGUAUUUGUAUCGACCACGUUUUGUUCAAUAUCUAUCAAUUCAUCAUCAAAUAAAUGGACUUUCGAAAGAACAACCUUCAGAAAAACACAUAAAACUUGUUCAUUAUGCAUCGAUGAGUCGUCUACGUACAAUGCCGGGUUGUGGUACUAAUGAAUAUGUUAAAGAUACUAGUAUUCGUGACCGAUUCGCUGAUAGAGUAAAAACUGCAAUGGUAGCUAUGAUCAACAAGGAUUGA